UAGUGUAUAUUUCAGUGGGUUGGAAGUCAUGCUCUAAUAUUGAGAAAUGCAGAACAACCCCACUAUAUGAGAUCAGAAUAAUUGCAGCGUCCGAGGAUCACUGACGAAAGUGCUGCUCCGAACGUUCAGAUGUGUUUUGCGAUGACGCUUCUCGAGUAUUUUCGGUGAGCCGAAUCAUUUGGCUCCGUCACGUAAAAGAGCCGGCUCAUUUGGCCCCCAAACGGCUCUGUUAAAAAUGCUUGAAGCCUUGUUGGACACCUUGACAAGGAACGGCAGCUCUGCGGGGAAUGGCACGCACUGCAGACAGCGUACUACAGACAGCUCCUCGGAGAGCACCAAGGCCCGGGCUGGUGGGCAGGACCAGGAGGCCGGAGGGGGCGAGCCCAGCACCAAGGGCUUCACCAAGGACCAGGUGGAAGGAGUGCAGAGGAUAAAGCGGUGUAAGGACUACUAUGAAGUCCUGGGCACCAGCAAGGAGGCCAAUGAGGAGGAGCUGAAGAAAGCCUACAGGAAACUAGCACUCAAGUUCCACCCAGACAAAAACCAAGCCCCCGGAGCUACAGAGGCCUUCAAAAAGAUCGGCAACGCGUACGCCGUGCUUAGCAACCCAGACAAGAGAAAGCAGUAUGACCUCACAGGGGCGGAGGAGCCGACCAGCCCUGGCCACGCCCACAGCCAAGGGUUUGACUUCCACCGGGGCUUCGAGGCCGACAUCACUCCCGAGGACCUCUUCAACAUGUUCUUCGGAGGAGGAUUCCCCUCUUCGGCUGCCCACACGUUCACCAACGGCAGGGCGCGAUACAGCCAGCAGACGGACCAAAGACGGGAGAGAGCAGAGGAGAGGGGAGAGGGAGGGUUCUCCAUGUUUAUCCAGCUGAUACCCAUCGUUGUACUGAUCCUGGUGUCCAUCUUGAGCCAACUGAUGGUGUCUACCCCCCCCUACAGCCUCUACUCCAGACCGUCCACGGGGCAGACGGUGAAACGGCAGACAGAGAACCUGCAUGUGGAUUACUACGUCAACAGAGACUUCAAGACUGAGUACAAGGGCUCCAAUCUGCAGAAGAUUGAGAAGAACGUGGAGGAGGACUACGUGUCUAAUGUCAGAAACAACUGCUGGAAGGAGAGGCAGACGAAAACAGACUUGCUGUAUGCUGCUAAGGUCUACAGGGACGACCGCCUGCGUAAGAAGGCUGAGCUGAUGACCAUGGAUAACUGCAAGGAGCUGGACAGACUAAAUGACCUGUUCAGAGGGGGCUGAGCCCGCCCGAUGCCGCAGGCUCCCACAGGACGCUUUUAGAAGAGAUAUAUGAAUAGAUAUAUAAUAUGUAUGUAAAUGUGUUUUUUUUUUUUUUAAGGAAAACCAUGGAGAUUGAAAGGAGGAAAAAUACAAAUAAUUAGCCUUACCGUUGGCGUUAUAAGUUGUCCCCAUCCCUCCCCCAGUACCCAUCUUUCCAUCCUCCUCACCACCCCCUCCUCCCUGGGAACUGCCUUGCUGCAUCUCAAUGAACCAACUGAAGAAUAGACCAACCUCUCAAAACACUUGAGAACCACAACUUCUUUCUCUUCUAUCUUUGCUUGUCUUUUUGUGUUUUCUGGAAAUAAGAGCCCACUCUGGAAAUGAACACUGACUGGAAAAGCAGAAGGCAUUGUGGUGGUGCCUCGAGUAUUGAAGCGCCAAGCAUUCUGCUGUAACAAGCAAAUCACCGUCGUCUUCACUCUAGAUAACUACUUCACCUGCUUGACUUAAACAAGAUUUUUAGGCUCAUCUGGAGAUGCUGCCCUCCUUCCAAUCCAUACAUUAGCAGUGCUAGUAUUGUGAGGAACCCAGAGAAUGCUUCCUAGCUACCACAGUGGAACCCACAGUGGAACCUUGUGUGGAGUUACAUGGACCUUGAAGUUCAUUCCGCAGAUGAAGAAAUGACCACUGUCUCACUUGAACUUUUUUUGGCCUGGGAUAAAAUGUGAAGUCGGAACCAUAAUCUUCAUCAAUUGUAUAUUUUUCAUUUUGAAUGUUUGAACAUUUCUGGAGUUAUUUAAGUAGAAAAACAAGGUUUUUCUUCAUUUGCUCGAUUAAUCAUUUGAAUAAACAAUAAAUUAUUACCAGAA